GAGGACAGGAAGCAAUGGGCCACUUCUUGGCAGGGUUUCAUUUUGGGGGGAUGGGUUACACGGCGGGCGUCGGUGGUCAAGGGAGGGGUGGGUAUGUGUGUCGGACCCCUUAGACUAGGGAUUAUUGCUAGGUUGCAAAAUGAAUGUCAAGCCGGAAUCCAGACCAAACACGAGAGGCCCCGAUGCCCGACUCUGGCUGAAUCCCAUCCGAGGUGCAGUUGCAAAGCUACCUAAUGUAUGUACCUAAGAUAUGUACUCUGCGGCUACACCGCGGCCAUGCUAAGCUUGCUUCCAUUUGCGGUAUCAAGCUUUGGAGUGCGGGGGUGGAUCCUGCCGGAGCUUCUUCCUGUGCAGCGCUGUGUGGCAGUUUUCGUUUUGAUAUCAAAUAAGCUGCCUGCCUUUUGCUGCUUCCCGCCUCGUCCGCAACCACCAACAAAAAAGACUGACCGCUCCCCUCCCUCCAUCUCUCCCCCCUCCCCGAAAAGGCAUUCGGCCGUUCGGAUUGGCUUUGCCCUUCUAUUUGUCUCUGACUCGCUCGGGCCAAAAAGCUGCUUGCUGCUUGCUCCUCAUGCGCGCUCCCUCAUCUCAUCCCAUGCAUGCAUGGCCUUUGCAGAUGGGGUGUGGGGGACAACGUACGUACUGUACCAGACGAAAACUAAACGAGCGUGUCCUGUCCUGGCUGGCUGGCUUCCUUACCCUGAGCUACGAGUUGGCGAGCUGUUUAUCUGUCGAUCUCUCAGCCCUCUCAUCUCUUUUCUGGGGGGUUUCGCCACCACCACUCUGUCUACCUCUGUCUGUCUUGGGUAUCUGGUUGGGGCUGGGCUGGGUUGAGUAGGGAAACGCCCCCCCCUCCAACCCAAAAAGUGAGCGAGUGAGUAAGUGAGUGAGGGGCUUACACAUACGUACAUGUACGUACGCGGGUUUACGAGCAGAGAGACCAGCCAAGAGACAGAGAGUCAGAUAGAGACAAACGCCAAGAGGAAAAGGCAUGUACGCAUCUAUCACGGAGCCGAUCUUGCCGCGUUCC